AAGAAGAUGGAGGUCUUGAAGUCUUCGAUGACUUUUUCCCUGUGGAGCCCAUGAGCCUCCCCAAGAAGAAGAAAUCCAAGAAGUUCAAGGAAAACAAGUCCAAAGGGAAGCGGAAGAAGAAAGAGGGGAGCAAUGACGAGCUGUCAGAAAACGAAGAGGACCUGGAAGAGAAGUCAGAAAGCGAGGGCAGCGACUACUCCCCUAAUAAGAAGAAGAAGAAGAAACUCAAGGACAAGAAGGAGAAGAAAGCCAAGCGAAAGAAGAAGGACGAAGAGGAGGAUGAUAAUGACGAUGGAUGCUUAAAGGAGCCCAAGUCCUCGGGGCAGCUCAUGGCUGAGUGGGGCCUGGACGAUGUAGACUACCUGUUCUCGGAGGAGGACUACCACACGCUGACCAACUACAAGGCCUUCAGCCAGUUCCUCAGGCCACUCAUCGCCAAGAAGAACCCCAAGAUCCCCAUGUCCAAAAUGAUGACUGUCCUGGGCGCCAAGUGGCGGGAGUUCAGUGCCAACAACCCGUUUAAGGGCAGCUCGGCGGCUGCGGCGGCGGCAGCGGUGGCGGCGGCGGUGGAGACAGUCACCAUCGCCCCUCCGCUGGCCGUCAGCCCCCCGCAGGCACCCCAGCCCGUGCCCAUCCGCAAGGCCAAGACCAAGGAGGGCAAGGGGCCUGGGGUGAGAAAGAAGAUCAAAGGCUCCAAAGACGCGAAGAAGAAGGGUAAAGGGAAGAAGACAGCCGGGCUCAAGUUCCGCUUCGGAGGGCUCAGCAGCAAGAGGAAGAAGGGCUCCUCGAGCGAGGAGGACGAGCGGGAGGAGUCGGACUUCGACAGCGCCAGCAUCCACAGUGCCUCCGUGCGCUCGGAGUGCUCCGCGGCCCUGGGCAAGAAGAGCAAGAGGAGGCGCAAGCGGAAGAGGAGUAGGACUUCCUACCGGGCCCUCUGUGACCGCGUCUCUCCCACCCCAGUCGAUGAUGGUGACGGCUACGAGACGGACCACCAGGACUACUGCGAGGUGUGCCAGCAGGGCGGGGAGAUCAUCCUGUGUGACACCUGCCCGCGGGCCUACCACCUCGUCUGCCUGGACCCGGAGCUGGAGAAGGCUCCUGAGGGCAAGUGGAGCUGCCCCCAUUGUGAGAAGGAGGGGAUCCAGUGGGAGCCCAAGGACGACGACGACGAAGAGGAGGAGGGCGGCUGCGAGGAGGAGGAAGACGACCACAUGGAAUUCUGCCGCGUGUGCAAGGACGGCGGCGAGCUGCUCUGCUGCGAUGCCUGCCCCUCCUCCUACCACCUGCACUGCCUCAACCCGCCGCUGCCCGNCCUGAACUUGGGGACCCUCCUCUGUCCACAGUGCCCCCCACUGAAGGGCAAGGUGCAGCGGAUCCUGCACUGGAGGUGGACGGAGCCCCCGGCACCCUUCAUGGUGGGGCUGCCGGGGCCUGACGUGGAACCCAGCAUCCCCCCGCCCAAGGCCCUGGAGGGCAUCCCCGAGAGGGAGUUCUUUGUCAAGUGGGCUGGGCUUUCCUACUGGCACUGCUCCUGGGUGAAGGAGCUGCAGCUUGAGCUGUACCACACGGUGAUGUACCGCAACUACCAAAGAAAGAACGACAUGGACGAGCCGCCGCCCUUCGACUACGGCUCCGGGGACGAGGACGGCAAGAGCGAGAAGCGGAAGAGCAAGGACCCGCUGUACGCCAAGAUGGAGGAGCGCUUCUACCGCUACGGCAUCAAGCCCGAGUGGAUGAUGAUCCACCGCAUCCUGAACCACAGCUUCGACAAAAAGGGGGAUGUGCAUUACCUGAUCAAGUGGAAAGACCUACCCUACGACCAGUGCACGUGGGAGAUCGAUGACAUCGACAUUCCCUACUACGACAACCUGAAGCAGGCCUACUGGGGUCACAGGGAGCUGAUGCUGGGAGAGGAUGCCAGGCUGCCCAAAAGGCUGGUCAAGAAGGGCAAAAAGUUGAGAGACGAUAAACAGGAGAAGCCGCCGGACACGCCCAUCGUGGACCCCACGGUCAAGUUUGACAAGCAGCCGUGGUACAUCGACUCCACGGGGGGCACGCUGCACCCGUACCAGCUGGAGGGCCUCAACUGGCUGCGCUUCUCCUGGGCCCAGGGCACCGACACCAUCUUGGCCGAUGAGAUGGGCCUGGGCAAGACGGUGCAGACCAUCGUCUUCCUCUACUCCCUGUACAAGGAGGGCCACUCCAAGGGGCCCUACCUGGUCAGCGCGCCCCUGUCCACCAUCAUCAAUUGGGAACGUGAGUUUGAGAUGUGGGCACCCGACUUCUACGUGGUCACUUACACGGGGGACAAGGAGAGCCGCUCUGUGAUCCGUGAGAACGAGUUUUCCUUUGAGGAUAACGCCAUCCGGAGUGGGAAGAAGGUGUUCCGCAUGAAGAAAGAAGUACAGAUCAAGUUCCACGUCCUGCUCACCUCCUACGAGCUCAUCACCAUCGACCAGGCCAUCCUGGGCUCCAUCGAGUGGGCCUGCCUCGUGGUGGACGAGGCCCACCGGCUCAAGAACAACCAGUCCAAGUUUUUCAGGGUCUUGAACAGCUACAAGAUCGAUUACAAGCUGCUGCUGACGGGAACACCCCUGCAGAACAAUCUGGAAGAGCUGUUCCAUCUCCUCAACUUCCUGACUCCAGAGAGGUUCAACAACCUGGAGGGCUUCCUGGAGGAGUUUGCCGACAUCUCUAAGGAAGACCAGAUCAAGAAGCUGCAUGACUUGCUGGGGCCACACAUGCUCAGGCGGCUCAAGGCCGAUGUGUUCAAGAACAUGCCAGCCAAGACUGAACUCAUUGUCCGCGUGGAGCUGAGCCAGAUGCAGAAGAAGUACUACAAGUUCAUCCUCACACGGAACUUCGAGGCGCUCAACUCCAAGGGGGGCGGGAACCAGGUGUCGCUGCUCAACAUCAUGAUGGACCUGAAGAAGUGUUGCAACCACCCCUACCUCUUCCCUGUGGCUGCCGUGGAGGCCCCUGUCUUGCCCAAUGGCUCCUACGAUGGCAGCUCCCUGGUCAAGUCUUCAGGGAAGCUCAUGCUGCUGCAGAAGAUGCUUAAGAAACUGAGGGACGAGGGGCAUCGUGUGCUGAUCUUCUCCCAGAUGACCAAGAUGCUGGACCUUCUGGAAGACUUCCUAGAGUAUGAAGGCUACAAGUAUGAGAGGAUCGAUGGUGGCAUCACGGGAGGCCUCCGGCAAGAGGCCAUUGACAGAUUCAAUGCUCCCGGGGCCCAGCAGUUCUGCUUCCUCCUCUCCACCCGGGCGGGCGGUUUGGGCAUCAACCUGGCCACGGCGGACACGGUCAUCAUCUACGACUCGGACUGGAACCCCCACAAUGACAUCCAGGCCUUCAGCCGCGCACACCGCAUCGGGCAGAACAAGAAGGUGAUGAUCUACCGCUUUGUGACGCGGGCCUCGGUGGAAGAGCGCAUCACGCAGGUGGCCAAGCGCAAGAUGAUGCUCACGCACCUGGUGGUGCGGCCCGGCCUUGGCUCCAAGUCGGGUUCCAUGACCAAGCAGGAGCUGGAUGACAUCCUCAAGUUCGGCACUGAGGAGCUCUUCAAGGACGACGUGGAGGGUGGGCCUCCUCUCCGGGAGUGUGGUGGUGACAACAAGGACGUGGAGGACAGCAGUGUGAUCCACUAUGAUGAUGCGGCCAUCUCCAAGCUGCUGGACCGGAACCAGGACGCCACGGACGACACGGAGCUACAGAACAUGAACGAGUACCUGAGCUCCUUCAAGGUGGCGCAGUAUGUGGUGCGCGAGGAGGAUGGCGGAGAGGAAGAGGAGGUGGAGCGGGAGAUCAUCAAGCAGGAGGAGAAUGUGGACCCGGACUACUGGGAGAAGCUGCUGCGGCACCACUAUGAGCAGCAGCAGGAGGACCUGGCCCGGAACCUGGGCAAGGGCAAGCGCAUCCGCAAGCAGGUCAACUACAACGACGCCUCCCAGGAGGACCAGGAGUGGCAAGAUGAGCUCUCUGAUAACCAGUCAGAAUAUUCCAUCGGCUCGGAGGACGAGGAUGAGGACUUUGAGGAGAGGCCAGAAGGGCAGAGUGGCCGGCGGCAGUCCAGGAGGCAGUUGAAGAGUGACAGGGACAAACCUUUGCCGCCUCUUCUCGCCCGAGUUGGUGGCAACAUUGAGGUGCUGGGCUUCAACGCCCGACAGCGGAAGGCCUUCCUGAACGCCAUCAUGCGCUGGGGCAUGCCCCCCCAGGACGCCUUCAACUCCCACUGGCUGGUGCGGGACCUUCGUGGGAAGAGUGAAAAGGAGUUUAGAGCCUAUGUGUCCCUCUUCAUGCGACACCUGUGUGAGCCGGGGGCGGACGGCGCAGAGACCUUCGCGGAUGGUGUUCCCCGGGAAGGCUUGUCCAGGCAGCACGUGCUCACCCGCAUCGGGGUCAUGUCGCUAGUUAGGAAGAAGGUUCAGGAGUUUGAGCACGUCAACGGGAAGUACAGCACCCCGGACUUGAUCCCCGAGGGGCCCGAGGGCAAGAAGCCAGGCGAGGCCAUCUCCUCGGACCCCAACACACCAGUGCCCGCCAGCCCCGCCCACCUGCCGCCAGUCCCACUGGGCCUGCCAGACAAAAUGGAAACCCAGCUAGGUUACUUGGAUGAGAAGGACCCGGGGCUGCAGAGGCCAAAGAAGGCCCUGGAAAUCCAGGCCCUGCCCCCUGCCCUGGACAGAGUGGAGGAUGAGGACAAGCACGAGAGCUCGAUUGGCAAGGAUCGAGCCCGAGAGGAGCGGGCAGAGGAGACUGAGAGGGCCCAGCCCUCCCCGGAGCAGCUGCUGAAAGAAGAACUGCUUCCCGAGAAGGAUAAGGUCCUGGACAAGCUUGAGCUAAGCCUGAUCCACAGCCGAGGGGACAGUGGUGAUCUCAGGCCAGAUGACACCAAGGUUGAGGAGAAGGAGCCCAUGGAAACACAGCAAAAUGGUGACAAAGAGGAAGACGAGGAGGGGAAGAAAGAGGACAAGAAGGGGAAGUUCAAAUUCAUGUUCAACAUUGCAGAUGGGGGCUUCACAGAGUUGCACACAUUGUGGCAGAACGAGGAGCGUGCUGCAGUGUCCUCGGGGAAGAUCUACGACAUCUGGCACCGGCGCCAUGACUACUGGCUGCUGGCGGGCAUCGUGACGCACGGCUACGCCCGCUGGCAGGACAUCCAGAAUGACCCGCGUUACAUGAUCCUCAACGAGCCCUUCAAGUCUGAGAUCCACAAGGGCAACUACCUGGAGAUGAAGAACAAGUUCCUGGCCCGCAGGUUCAAGCUGCUGGAGCAGGCGCUGGUCAUCGAGGAGCAGCUCCGGAGGGCCGCGUACCUCAACAUGACCCAGGACCCCAACCACCCUGCCAUGGCCCUCAAUGCCCGCCUGGCCGAGGUGGAGUGCCUUGCUGAGAGCCACCAGCACCUGUCCAAGGAGUCCCUGGCCGGGAACAAGCCUGCCAAUGCCGUCCUGCACAAGGUCCUGAACCAGCUGGAGGAGCUGCUGAGCGACAUGAAGGCGGACGUGACCCGCCUGCCCUCCAUGCUGUCCCGCAUCCCCCCGGUGGCCGCCCGCUUGCAGAUGUCGGAGCGCAGCAUCCUCAGCCGCCUGACCAACCGGGCCGGGGACCCCACCGUCCAGCAGAUAUCUAGCCGUCCCCGCGAUCUCCCUGCGUUGCCGUGCUCGUCUCCAGCUGAGCUGCGUUUGCCGGGCCACCUGCCCGAACCCCACGGGAGAGAAAAGCUGCCGCUUUUUAAGGAGCCAGUGCCAUCUUGGGACCCAAAGGGAAGCCGAGUAAUGCCAUCACAUGGAGGACAAGGCCCAGCCCGGCUGGGCCCCAGCCCAGAAGUGCCACCUCAUCAUAAUUCAAGUGUUCUUCCGCAAGCGUCACCCACAGCCACGCCGGACGUGCCCCUCCGCCACCUUCUCCAGACGACUUCGUAGAAGAGACUUCAUGUAUGUGUACAUCUUUUGCACUUUCCUAUUGAAGACUUGAGCCGGUUUGUCCUGAUCAGAGUUGGAUGACGUAUGGAGGAUGCUACCCUGCAGCACUUACAAAGCCUGGCGCUAUCCUGGCAC